AUGACGUCCGAUUCGCUUGAGUGUCGUGCAAAGCGAAUUGAGGGUUCGAAUCAAGUUGUAGAACAAAAUCGCGAGCAAGGAGGUACUGGAGUUAGGUCUGGCGAUGAGUCUGUUUCAUGUGAAGAUGGGUCCGGCGAAGAAUCCGAAUCAGCAGAAGAUUGGUCCGGCGAAGAAUCCGAAUCAGCAGAAAAUGGGUCCGGCAAACAUUCCGAUUCAGGAGAUGGUGGGUCCGGCGAUUAUUCCGAUUCAAGACAAGAUGGUUCUGUUGAAGAAUCCGAUUCAGGAGAAGGUGGGUCUGGGUUUGAAUCAGGACAGCAAGAAAAAGGGUAUGGCGAAGAAUCAGGAGAAGAAGAAAAUGGGUCUGGCGAAGAAUCAGGAGAAGAAGAAAUUGGGUCUGACGAAGAAUCAGGAGAAGAAGAACAUGGGACUGCGCAGGAGGAAGAAGAUGCGCCAGGUAAUGUUCACGGUCAACACAGUGAACAGAACGAUGAGAUUGCUAUAAAUGGUUUAGAAGACAUGGGGUCUGUUAAUUUCAAGGAACUAAAAGUGAAUGAAGUUCUAAGAUAUCACUUUCCCAAUCGCGAAAUUGGUUUCCUGUUCUACACUUGGUAUGCGAGGAUGCACGGUUUUGCUGCUCGGAAGUCCAGGACUUUCAAAAACACGAAGGGAGAUGUUCUUCAACAGUCAUUUGUGUGCUUUAGGGAAGGUAGAAGAAAGGAGUGGUCUGGUGAUGGUCUUAAGCGGAAGCGUUUUCCUAGAAAAGAGACAAGAUGUGGUUGCAAGGCUUAUUUGCAGUUGCACAUUGACAUGGAGGACAAACGCUGGUAUGUUAGAUCUAUUCUUGAUGUUCACAAUCACGUUCUUGUUGAUGUUAGUAUGGUUGGUUUGGUACCUUGUCAUAGGAGGAUGAAUGAGGGUGAUAUUUUCCAAAUGAAUAACAUGACCAAAGUAGGUGUUAAUACUCCAUUAGCAUAUGGUGUGUUUGCGAGCCAGAUGGGUGGCUAUGAAAAAGUUCCAUUUAGCAAGAAUAAUAUGUAUUUUGAACAAGAUAAGCAAAGGAAGAAAGAUGUUGUUGAUGCUAGAGGGGUGCUUGGCUAUUUACGUUCGUUGAAAGUUUCAGAUCCUAAGUUGUUUUGGCGGCACACAACUGAUGAGGAUGGAAGGCUUGAUAAACUGUUUUGGUGUGAUGGUUGUAGUAUGGCCAACUAUUCCAUAUUCGGCGAUGUAUUGGCAUUCGACGCAACGUACAAGAAGAAUAAAUAUAGGCGUCCUCUGGUUAUAUUUUCUGGUGUGAAUCAUCAUAAUCAGACUAUUGUCUUUGCUUCUGCUCUUGUGUCAAAUGAGAAAGAAGAGACCUAUGUGUGGUUGCUUGAACAAUUCAUGACAGCUAUGAAUGGAAAAGCCCCGAUAUCUGUUAUAACUGAUGGUCAUGUGCCAAUGAAGAAUGCUAUCCAGAAAGUGUUUCCGAGAGCACAUCACAGGUUAUGUGCAUGGCAUCUUCUGAGGAAUGCAAACAGUAAUGUUUCAGAUCCCAACUUCAUUUCGAAACUCACUAAGUGUAUGCUUUGGGAUUUUGAAAUUGGAGAGUUUGAGGAAAAGUGGAGUGAAAUGGUUGUUGAAUGUGGAGUUGAAGACAAUGAGUGGGUUAUUGACUUAUAUGAGAGGAAGAAAAUGUGGUGUGCUGCACAUAUGCGUGGUGAAUUUUUUGCUGGGUUUAGGACCACUUCCAGGGUGGAGGGGCUACAUGCACAAGUUGGUAAGUUUGUUAACUCAUGGAACAACCUUACUGAUUUUAUGCAUAAUUUCAAUCGCUACCUGAGUUAUCAACGCUUUAGGGAGCUUGAAGCGGAUUUUGCUUCCCUUCAUGGUGAUCAUGUUCCUCAAACCCAAUUGAAAAAACUGGAAAUGUCAGCCUCAAACUAUUACACAAAUAACAUUUUCAAGUGGACUAAAUUUGCAAAGGAAUCAAUUGCUGCCUUUGGUUCUCAACCACGUCCAUGGGACCCCAUGAUGUUGUGUAGAUUUUCUGCGUUGACUGUAAGUUGUAAGCGUAUGUCGAAAUUGGCUUGCAUUACACCUGAGGCAUUUGGUGAGACAAAUGCUAUGGUGUUGGCUCAUUACCGGAAGCUUGAAUCUAAUGAUGCAACGUGGUCAAAUGUAAACAUAGUGAAUGAGGAGAAUGAAGAGCAUGAAGGUGAAAGAUAUUUACAGAAUCCACCUUUGCCUAACAUGUUGGGAAAUAGAGCUAGUGCAAGCAAUGGAAGAGGAAGAGGUCGUCGUAGCAAUCGUUGUGGUAUUUGCGGAGUUGCAGAACACAAUCGAACUUCAUGCACUAGGCACACUCAAUGA